AUGGCCGUAGCGAUGCCAGCUGCGCGCUCGCUUCUCCUGCUUCUCCUCCUGGUUGCGCCGCUGGCGCCGGGCUCGUCGGAGGCGGCAGUCCGGCCGAACCCCAAGAUCGUCAACUGGGUCGCAGACAAUGCCCGCGCCUCCACGCCCGACAGCUUCGGCGCCCUCGUCUUCGACCUCUCCGUCGGCACGCCGCGGCAGACCCUCUCCUUCGUCAUGGACAUCACCGAGCAGCUCGUCUGGGCGCAGUGCGGCCAACAUGGGUUCACGCAGUCGCAGGCGCCCACCUUCAGGCCCGGCAGCUCCUUCGCCCCGAUUGGCUGCAAGGACACGGCAUGCCAGAGCCUGGCCCCCGACGACAACUGCAUCCACCCCGACGACCACUGCAAUUACGCAUGGGACUUCCAGCGCCACGGCAGCGGCUCCAUGUCCGGCUACCUCGCCACCGAGACGUUCAGCUUCGGGGCCAAGUCCGUCCCCGGCAUGGUGUUCGGCUGCAGCGACAACGUCACGGCGCGGGCCCUCGGCGGCGUCUCUGGCUUCGCCGGAUUCGGCAGGGCCCCACUCUCCCUCGUCUCGCAGCUCCACGUCUCCAAGUUCUCCUAUUUCAUCGACGACAACAGCUUCCUCGGCUUGGGCGACGCGGGCGCCGCGCCGGCUUUGGGCAACAACAGCACGCCGCUGCUGCUAGCCACGACCAAACAGGACAGUUACCUCUACUACGUCAACCUCACCGGCAUUCAGGUCGACGGGGAGCUCCUCGCCGACAUCCAGGCGGGGGCCUUCGCCGUCAAGGAAGACGGCUCCGGCGGGGUGUUCCUCAGCACAACAAUUCCCUACACAUUCCUCCCAGAGGCCGCGUACCAGGUUCUGAGGCAGGAGCUCGCGAGCAGGAUUCGGUCACAGGGCGUAGCUCCGAUGAACGCCACAUCCGACGACCUGUACUUCCUCAAGGAGAACUUCCGCAGCGUUAAGGUUCCAAGGCUAGCGCUGGUGUUCGACGACGCCGACGCGGCGAUGGAGCUCAAUGUGAAGAACUACUUCUCCAUCUACGACGAAUGGCGCACGUGCCUCACCAUACUGCCGUCGCCGAACGGCGCGGCCGUCCUGGGCAGCCUGCUGCAGACGGGCAGGACCAUGACCUACGACAUUCAUGGCGACGGCGGCCAGCUGACAUUCGAGCCGGUGGCAGCGGGUGGCCCGGACCCGGCGCUGGCGCAUGCGGGUGGCCCGGACCUGGCGCCGGCCCAUGCGCAUGCGGGCGCCCCUGCGCCGGCGCGCGGGUCGCUCGUCAUAACAGGCACUCUUCUGGCCUGGGUGCUCCUCUUCCAGCAGUUCUAG